CCUGAAUAACUAAGAAUUCAAAUGAUUUAACAUUAUAAAUUUUUGAUCCAUAUGCAGCACUAACUCGUUUGAGAUUUGUUUUGUUUUCCUUUCACCCCUCAAAUAUUUGUUUCUUUCUCUUCAGCCCCUAAUUAAUUUAUUUUCUGUUAUUCAAAACAAGCCCCACUCAAUUUCUAAAAUAUCAAUUUAGGUCACCUCUCUCUCUCGCCGAAGAUCCUUUCUGAUCGUCAAAAUCCAUGGAGCCUCGUGAAGGCACUGAGUUUGAAUCCGAGGAAGCGGCCAAGAUGUUCUACGACGAUUACUCUAGAAGUUUAGGGUUCGUGAUGCGUGUGAUGUCUUGUCGGAGAUCCGAGAGAGACGGAAGAAUCCUUGCCCGGAGAUUCGGCUGUAAUAAAGAAGGUCGAUGUGUUAGUGUUCGUGGCAAGUCUGGUUCUGUCAGGAAACCAAGACAGAGCACGAGAGAAGGUUGUAAGGCCAUGGUUCAUGUCAAGUACGACCGGUCUGGUAAAUGGGUCGUAACCAAGUUCGUUAAAGAACAUAACCAUCCGCUUGUCGUAGAACCACGACAGGCGCGUCAGAGUUUGGAUGAGAAGGACAAGAGGAUUCAAGAGUUGACGAUAGAGCUGAGGAACAAGAAGCGGUUAUGCGCAGCGUAUAAGGAGCAGCUAGAUGCGUUUGCGAAGAUCGUUGAGGAAUAUAGUAAUCGGAUGUCGAAGAGAGUUGAGAGUGUGGUUGAGAAUUUGAAGGAGUUUGAAGAAAUAGAGUUCGAGCUGUUGCGUAGUAAACAAGAUGCUAUUUAUAAGCCAGCUUUAAAUGUGUGAUGCUUUGUAUAUUCUAGAUGUAAUCUAGAUGUUAUUGAAUCUUAGUUUAUGGAAUGUAAUGUGAGAAACUGUGUAACUAUAUAUGUUUAAUGUAAUAUUACCAUUUCUUAAAAA